CUAGUACAGUCGUCACCCCCCCUCGUCCUCUUUUAAGUGACGCAUUUAUACUACCUUGUCUCUGAUAUCUCGAUUCUCAUCUAAGAUCCUUGUCUUAUCUCUCACCUCUUUCGAUAAACCCUACACCAUGUCUAAGCAAAUCAACCGCGUUACCUUGUUCAAGAUCCCCGGCGUGGAGGAUCAACAAAAGUUGCUCGAUAUUUACAAGGGCAUGCCUUCAAAGGCCGUCAAGGAUGGCAAGCCUUAUAUCGUCUCUGUCACUGCUGGCGUAGCAAAGCCCGACCAGCGAGCGCAAGGAUUCACCAUUGCUGUUAUUUCUGUCUUCAAGUCAGGGGAUGACAUGGUUUACUAUGAUAACGAGUGUGCUGCGCACGGGGAGCUCAAGGCUUUCGCCAAGAGUGUCCACCAGGGAGCCAUGAUGGUCUUCUUUGAGAACGAGCUCGUUUGAUUUCAGAUAGAUUAAAAAAUAGACAACCAAAAAGCAACA